GUUUCUCAGUGCAGUCGGACCUGUGCUGACCUCGCUCCUCCGCGUACCCCGGCCUGCAGCAGUCGCCGCCAUGAGCACUGGCACCUUCGUCGUGUCGCAGCCGCUCAACUACCGCGGCGGGGCCCGCGUGGAGCCGGUGGAUGCCUCCGGCACGGAGAAAGCGUUCGAGCCAGCCACCGGCCGAGAGAUAGCUACUUUCAAGUGUUCGGGAGAAAAGGAAGUAAAUUUGGCUGUUGAAAAUGCAAAAGCUGCCUUUAAAAUCUGGAGUAAGAAAAGCGGCUUGGAGCGUUGUCAAGUCCUCUUAGAGGCUGCCCGGAUAAUAAAGGAACGGAGGGAUGAAAUUGCCAUUAUGGAGACCAUCAACAACGGGAAGUCCAUAUUUGAGGCUCGCCUGGAUGUUGACACUUCCUGGCAGUGCCUGGAAUACUAUGCAGGCCUGGCUGCGUCCAUGGCGGGAGAGCACAUCCAGCUCCCAGGAGGGUCCUUUGGCUACACCAGAAGAGAACCACUUGGGGUGUGUUUGGGGAUAGGAGCAUGGAACUACCCCUUCCAGAUUGCCUGUUGGAAGUCUGCUCCGGCUUUGGCUUGUGGUAAUGCCAUGAUCUUUAAGCCCUCUCCCUUCACGCCUGUGUCUGCUCUGCUCCUGGCUGAGAUCUACACCAAAGCCGGUGCGCCUAACGGCCUCUUCAACGUGGUGCAAGGUGGGGCUGCCACAGGCCAGUUUCUGUGUCAGCAUCGUGAUGUGGCCAAAGUCUCCUUCACUGGAAGCGUGCCCACUGGCAUGAAGAUCAUGGAGAUGGCCGCUAAAGGAAUCAAACCCAUUACUUUGGAACUUGGGGGCAAAUCUCCUCUGAUCAUUUUCUCUGACUGUAAUAUGAAGAAUGCUGUGAAGGGGGCCUUGCUGGCCAACUUCCUCACACAAGGACAGGUGUGCUGCAACGGCACUAGAGUGUUUGUGCAAAAGGAAAUUGCUGACGCAUUUACAAAGGAAGUUGUGAGGCAGACUCAGAGGAUAAAGAUUGGGGACCCACUUCUGGAAGAUACAAGGAUGGGCCCACUCAUCAAUGCCCCGCACCUGGAGCGAGUCCUCGGGUUUGUCAGGUCUGCAAAGGAGCAGGGUGCCACUGUGCUGUGUGGUGGAGAGCCGUAUGCCCCGGAGGAUCCUAAGUUAAAACAUGGAUAUUACAUGACACCUUGCAUUUUAACUAAUUGCACAGAUGACAUGACUUGUGUAAAAGAAGAGAUCUUUGGGCCAGUUAUGUCCAUUCUAACAUUUGAGACUGAAGCCGAGGUUCUGGAGCGGGCCAAUGACACCACGUUUGGACUAGCAGCUGGGGUCUUUACCAGGGACAUUCAGAGGGCGCACAGGGUGGCGGCUGAGCUGCAGGCCGGAACGUGCUACAUUAACAACUAUAACGUCAGCCCGGUGGAGUUGCCCUUUGGUGGAUACAAGAAGUCAGGAUUUGGCAGAGAGAACGGCCGAGUGACGAUUGAGUACUAUUCACAGCUGAAGACGGUGUGUGUGGAGAUGGGGGACGUGGAGUCGCCUUUUGAAAACCAGUGACGUACAUGGCCAAGCUGUGCAAUGAGUCGGCUGCCUUGAUUGACAGGCAGUGUAACUGAAUAGCUUCUUACAUCCAGGCUUUGGGUCAUUAGUGUGAUAAUGGGUCAGUAUUGUCCUCUGUCUUGCAGUCACCUUCCCAAUUGAAAAUGUGCACAAGUGCCUUUCCGAUGGUAGCCAGGGAACCUGUUCUUCCAGGAAGUUCCGGAGAAACCGGUAAACCUCAGCAACACUGUUCAGACAUGGGCAGGCCACAGCUCUGCUCAUACACAUUCGUCCCACCAACAAUGGCAGUUUUCUAGUUUGAUUUAAAGGCCUUCCUUCCUGGUUUCCUGGUGAAUCAGAUAUAUGUUCUUUGUUCAUUGACAACUAAAACACAAAUUCUUAAAUUAGAGGCAGUGGUGUGGUGCAUGCCUCUAAUCCCAGCACUUGGGAGGCAGAGGCAGGUACAUAUCUGAGUUCGAGGCCAGCCUGGUCUACAGAGUGAGUUCCAGUACAACCAGGGCUACACAAAUUAACCCUGUCUUGAAAAACCAAAAAUAAAUAAGAAGUGCAUUUUAAAAAGUUGUUAUUCGGAGACAUUAAAGUCUUAAUACUUGUGGAAAAUGUGAUUCAUUGGCAUUUAAAAAGCUAUGUUCUUCUUGGCUAGCAAGACAGCUCAGUGGGUAAGGUCUUAGCACAUAAGCCCCGUGACCUCAGUUUUAUCCCCAGAACUCACAUCAAGGUGGUAGCCCCUCCCCCAAUCCAUAUAAUGCACAAUAAUUAAAUCUUUCUCAAAA